AUGGCACUCACCCUAUUUAUCGCAACAGCAUCAGUGGUGCUGCUGGUAACCCUUGCUGUUAUCCUUGCGGUGGCCGCUCGCCGUGGAGUCCGACAAUUUCCGCAGGGGGCUAUUGGUUUUUUACACCCAUCUGCAGCCGCAGGUGGAGGCGGCGAGCGUGUGCUGUGGGUCGCCAUCCGCGCCAUUCAACAAGAUGACAUUGACAGAGGCAUUAGUCGCCAGUACGUUCUUUACUGUACACGAAUUGGGGGUGAUGAGAGUGCUGGUGGCGGUGGUGGUGGUGGCGGAGGGAAUGGUGAAAGCAAGGAGCAGCUGUUGGCGCAGAUUGUGCACCGGCAGUUUCAAAUUAAGUUGCUAAGGCCCAUAAAAGUGGUUUUCUUGAGGCCAGCCAUAACACGUUGGCUUGACGGUGGUCGCUACCCCUUUCUGACGCUACUCCUGCAGGCUGUGUGUGGUAGUAUCUUGUUGUUCUAUGAAACAUGUAUUGUCAACAGCAUGACGCCUUUGGUGAUUGAAAGUGUCGGUAUUCCCGGGAUUUAUCCGCUGCUCGCCUUGUUCGCCAAGGCUCGAAUUAUUACCUACACCCACUACCCUGUCAUCACAACGAUCAUGACGCAGCGUGUGGAAAGUGGCGAAAAACGGUACAACAACCGAGGCGUGCUGGCGCGUCACCACACACUUCGAAUGGCAAAGGUCGCGUAUUACAAGCUAUUCUCUUGUUUUUAUUGGUGGCUGGGGCAAUUCCCCGUUCUUGUUAUGACCAACUCGCGGUGGACGAUGCGGCAUAUUGAGCAGCUGUGGAAGCCCAAGGUGCCGACGCUCGUUUACCCACCAUGUGCCGUCAGCCACUUUACGCCGCUUAGCAAACCACCGGAGCAGCGCUGUAACACUGUGGUAAGUGUGGGUCAGUUCAGGCCAGAGAAGAAUCAUCUGUUGCAGCUGCGCGCCUUUGCCAGAGCGCUUCCACGUCUCCCGGCGGAUGCGCGGCUCAUCAUGGUUGGUGGGGCCCGCGGCCCUGAAGAUAAGAGACGGGCAUCAGAACUCGUUGAGGAAGCGAAGGCGAGAGGCAUCUUGGACCGUGUUGAGGUACGUGUUGAUGUGCCAAUUGCAGAAGUAGGUGAGUUGCUGACAAGCUGUAGUGUGGGGCUACACACAAUGGAGGACGAGCACUUUGGUAUUGUAAUUGUGGAGUUCAUUGCUUGCGGCUGCAUUCCGCUCGGCCACAACAGCGGUGGUGUCUGUCUUGACAUUAUUAGGUCGACUGAUAUUGGCUUCUUAGCUACAACGGAGGAUGAAUACGCCGACCGCAUCGUGGAGAUCUUCCAUAUGAAGCUGCAGAGGCCGCUCGUGUACAAGACGUUUCAGGAGCAUGGGCUACGCGCUAUUGCGCGCUUCAGCGACGAGUCUUUCCGGGACAACUUCAUGAUGGCGGUGCGUUCCCACCUGGAGGCGUGA